AUGAGUUCAAGGUUAGCUUACAGGGGUAUUCCUGGACCUAGUGGACCCCGUGGCGAGACAGGAUCAAGUGGACCCCCGGGACCUCCUGGUAGAAGAGGACCACCUGGGCCCUCAGGACGUCCUGGACCGCCAGGGCCACCAGCUUCUCCAGGUUCCAUAGCAGCUACUCUUAAUGGCCUCAAAGGACCAUACAUGGUGCCCACCAUAAUCUCUGCAAGAUCCAUUAUUCCCUCUCCUCUUGGAUUGCAAGGACGCUCAGGACCAACAGGAUUAAUUGGUGCUAUUGGCGUUCCUGGAAUAAUUGGACCAGAUGGAGAAUCAGGAAUUCCGGGAGCUGUCGGCCCGCUUGGAGCCAGAGGGGAUCCUGGAUUCCCUGGGAAUGACGGAAACCCUGGACCUAAAGGACAAACUGGGCCCCCAGGAUAUCGAGGAAGUACGGGGCCUCUAGGUGAUGUCGGUGGAACAGGUGCCCAAGGAUCAAGAGGUCCAAAAGGUCGAAGUGGGCGGACUGGACGCAACGGGGAUAGAGGAGAAGAUGGUGAUGUGGGGCAAACGGGAACAGUGGGUCAACCGGGGACGGAUGGCAAUAUGGGUCAGCAAGGCAAGAGGGGAAUUUCUGGAACAAGUGGCAAUCGAGGACAACAAGGUAUGCCUGGUGAGCAAGGUACGCUGGGAAAUGUGGGUGCGCAGGGUGUUGCUGGUCAGAUGGGUUCCCCAGGAGCACCAGGUAGUGUGGGACUUAAAGGCUCUAGUGGCAAUCCGGGCACUCCCGGUGACGUUGGCUACACUGGUGAGACCGGGGAUACGGGUCCUCAGGGACCCCAAGGAAAUAAUGGAGAACUGGGAGAACAAGGACCAAAGGGUGGAAAAGGAGCCAAGGGUGCAAUGGGUGACUUUGGACCACAAGGUGAACAGGGAGAGCAAGGGCCUUCUGGAGAGCAGGGUGCCCCAGGGGAUACCGGGCCAACAGGACCACAAGGAGGCCUUGGUUCAGAGGGACUCACCGGUAAAGCAGGAUCCCAGGGAGAUAAAGGAAAACAGGGUAAAACAGGUGUUCAAGGAGGCACAGGGUCACCAGGUCCAGCCGGAGGAAAUGGUAGCCCGGGUGGGCAAGGCUCUCCUGGUAUUCCAGGUAACACAGGAUUAAUGGGAGAAGCAGGUGCUGAGGGUGAAAGAGGGCCGAUCGGUGAGACAGGACUGCAGGGAAUUGUUGGAAAUCGAGGCUCAAGAGGGUCUCGGGGUCAAGCGGGUAUGCAGGGGGUAUCAGGAUUACCAGGCCCUCAAGGACCACAGGGAGAGCGGGGAGGGAGAGGUCGAGGAGGACCCCAGGGAAAGGCGGGAAAUCCUGGGACUCCUGGAAUGCUAGGCGAAAAUGGCACACCAGGAACAUCAGGCCAGAUGGGCCCUCCAGGAGUUGCUGGACCAACUGGAAUGCUGGGACAAAAAGGAGAGCAGGGUGAAGAAGGUCCCCAAGGAACUCGUGGUGAGGCAGGACCAACUGGGGGACAGGGUGAGCUAGGACCAACUGGGGCCCAGGGCUCACGAGGAGCGAUGGGAGAGCAGGGAACUGAAGGCCCUGCUGGAGAAUCUGGAUCAACUGGAGAAGAUGGCGAUCAGGGCCCCACGGGAAGUCCAGGAGAUGUUGGAGAAGUUGGCGUUUCUGGAUCUGAGGGCGCAAAGGGAAGUGCCGGAACAAGUGGCCUGCCUGGAACAACGGGAGCACCUGGCUCGUUUGGGUCACCAGGAUUAUCUGGAGAACAGGGACCUAGGGGACGAGUAGGAGAGCGAGGUGAUGAGGGCAAAAGCGGACCAGCGGGACCACCAGGGCCUAUCGGCGAAGUCGGUGAUGUUGGAAGUCAAGGACAGACUGGAGCCCCUGGACCAGCAGGACCUGUGGGACCCCCCGGAGCCAAAGGAGGAGAGGGUGAAGCAGGACCAGUCGGUCGUCGCGGCGAGAAUGGUGCCAAUGGUCAAAAUGGUGCCAGUGGUGAAGUAGGAGAACAAGGAAUGUCAGGCGAUAUGGGCGUCAAGGGAAUUCCUGGUGACGAUGGAAUAAGUGGACAAAUCGGCGCUGCUGGACGCUCAGGCCAACGUGGCGACCCAGGAAUCAGCGGAACAGCAGGUUACCCGGGUACUCCUGGACCGCCAGGUCCGGAAGGAGACGCAGGGGCUGCCGGGACGACUGGGGAAAAGGGCUCCCCUGGGGAGACUGGGCCGGCUGGUGGACCAGGGUCUAGUGGAGAUGAGGGUGUCAUGGGUGACAUGGGACCCAAAGGAUAUCGUGGCGACAGCGGAGAAGAGGGUGAAGGAGGCCAACGAGGGCCCACGGGAUUACUUGGACCUCCAGGAGCAGCGGGGUCUGUGGGGAGUGUAGGAGUGACAGGUGCUAAUGGCCAACCUGGUAGAAAGGGUGAGGUGGGCGGCUUCGGAGGGCCAGGAGCUGCAGGAACUUCAGGAGCUAUGGGUCGCCCUGGACAAGACGGGCCACCCGGAGAACUGGGCUCUACUGGACCAAGUGGAAGAGCAGGACCCGCCGGACCACCCGGACCACAAGGGGCUGUCGGAAUGCGGGGAAGUGUUGGUCCAACUGGAUCAAGAGGAGCUGUAGGCAACGAGGGAGCGAAGGGUGAGUUAGGAGAACCCGGAAGUGACGGCAAAGAUGGAGCCCGAGGAUCACUGGGAAUGGUAGGACCAGAUGGAUUGCAAGGUACCCAAGGUCGACCAGGAAACGAAGGUGAAACAGGAGCGACAGGAGAACUGGGUGCACCAGGACUUCAAGGACCCAAGGGAGACCAGGGUCAAAUGGGCGUACAAGGUGAUCAAGGAGCUCAAGGAGAGCCAGGUCUUGAUGGGUCUAAAGGUGAACAGGGCAGAGACGGAACCAGUGGUGAUGACGGACGUGCUGGUGCAGAAGGGCCAAGAGGAACCACGGGACCCCGUGGAGAUACUGGAGAUCAGGGUGAACCUGGAGAAGAAGGAACUGAAGGCCAGAGAGGAGAAAAAGGAGAAAGAGGUGAACAAGGGGAUCCGGGCCCAGAAGGAAACCUAGGACCUAAGGGCGCUCAAGGCGACAUCGGCCCUCCGGGGAGCAGUGGAAAUGAAGGACCACAGGGAACUGACGGGGACCAAGGAAUCCCCGGAAUAUCGGGUGAACAGGGAAAAGUGGGAUUGAUGGGCCAAUCUGGUCCAUUAGGAGUCAAAGGUGAUCGUGGAGUACAGGGAACGGAGGGUCAACGGGGUGAUCCCGGAGAGCCCGGACCGCCUGGCCCAGCGAUUUCCCUUAGCGAACUUGUGACAUCUUCAGGGUACACUGGGUUUGGACAAUUGACAGAGGCACCGCAAGAACCACCGCUUACGGCCGAAAAAGCGGGAACAGUUAAUCUCUAUAGAAGUCAAAAGUCGGUGGACGGUCAGGAGCAUGAUCCGCUAUCAAACUUUGUCACUCUAGUGAAGAAGAAACUUACGUUGAUGAAAAAGCCAAACGGCUCAAGUUUAUUUCCCGCGAGGACCUGUAAAGACUUGUACAUGUCUUAUCCUGACCUCCCAAGCGGAUUUUAUUGGAUCGACCCUAAUGAUGGUCUACCUAACGAUGCCAUUAGAGUUCGAUGCGAACAGCAUACUUACUCAACUUGUCUUUACCCCAAGAGUAAUGAUGAGUUUCUUCAGACCUUCGCUACUGAAAAAAAGAAAUGGUUCACCGGGGCUGAUGGUUAUAAAUGGUUAGGAAAGGAUCUGCGCAUGUUUAAAAAUAUUGAAUAUGUUAGCGAGCCAAGCCAACUAGAAUUUCUCCGCUUGCUGAGUGACCGAGCCAGGCAGAGGGUCAUAUACAAUUGUAAAGACUCGGUGGCCUGGGGCGAUGAGAAAAACGAAUUUUCCAAGUCUGUCAAGAUUAAGGCUGACAACGGAGUUGAAAUGCACGCAGAGUCUUCAAACAAGUUUAAGCCCAAGGUCAUCCUUGAUGACUGUGCGGUCAAAGAUGGAAAAUGGCACCACACAAUUCUAGAAGUUGACACGCCCAAACCAUACCGCCUUCCCAUUCUGGACAUCGCAGCUUAUGACAUCGGAGACAGAGGUGAAGAGUUUGGAAUAGAGAUUGAAAGACUGUGCUUCACUUAAAAAAAGGUGUAAAGAGCCUUAAAUAUUUCAUUUGUAAGAAUCUUUUGGUGUCUUUAAACAAUUCGAAGGACUGGUUUUCUCCCUCGUAAAAUUUAUUUGUAAUCAUACAAGGUUUAGAACAUGAGAAUAACUUUUUAUCAUAACUUGCAGCUCUGAGUUUCUUUCUUCCUCAAAAAAAUUACAUACGACAUUUGGAGCGGUUUCCAACUGAGUGUCAUCAUCAUUAACCAAUGAGAACUCAGAGUAAAAACAGGUAACCUGCCUAAAGCGCGGGAAAAUGCGAGUGACCAACUUGAGAUUGGUUUUACAAGUCAUUGGUUGAGAGAGUGGUACGAGUUUUUUAGACCAAUCACAGAGCGACGUAGAGCAAACCCAAGGCAACUCCAGGAUCACUUUCGACACUCAAUUGAAAAAAGCCCCUAGUCACUGAAACUACGCGCGCAGGUUUAUUUUGAGCAGAUUUUACUUGACAAGUUAUUUGGUCUUCCUAUGAAAAGUUUUAUCUUUGCGGCGAAGAUAGAUAAAUGUGGCCAGUUUUUUGUUGACAAAUCUCUCAUCAAUGUUGAAAUUACAGGAAAUGAAGAUACUUUUCGAUUCAUUUAGAAACAUCAAAAUUCUUGAGCUUAUAUCCAAGGGUAAGGUUAUUUAUGCCGACACAAGUAAGUUGUUCUGAAAUUUCUAAAUGGGGUGGCCUUUUUUGCUGAAUCUGAUGUUCUACAAUAAAAAUUGACAAUACUGUUGGGAUUUCUUGCCACUUGUUUUAUGGGGCAGCUAUUUCAAGCUAAGUUGCAUUAACACCAAAGAUAAGAGUGCCAAGACAAUAAUUUAGCAAGGUUAGGGUUAGGAUCUAACGGAAGAAUGAUAAGGUUUUCUUGGUCGACAUGUGGUUGCCGCAAUGGACAGGGUGCGAACGAGUUAUGGCAAGAAUUUCCAAUACCUUGUAUGGACAUUCCUUCGGAUCUAUUCGAAGAGAGUUCAACAGCAUUACGGCACCAUUAGAUAAAAAAAAAAUUGUAUCGACAGAAUUGUAUAAUUCCUUGACAUAAAGUCUCGUUCUUCGCCCUCAGAGAUACAAAUUCUAUAACAUCAUUAAAAUCUAAGUAUUUGACAUCUUUC